AUGAUCGCAGACCUUCCCCUCCACACCAUCCCUCCCGCAAGAGCACACACCCAUACCGUCAUCUUCCUCCACAGAAACAGGCAUUUUGCCCGCGAGACCGUCAACCAACUCCACGAAGCAACUGACCUCUCCUGGCGCUCCAUCAUACAAAAUUACGCCUCCACGCGAUGGGUGUUUCCCCAGACGCCCACCGAUGAGCCCCUCAUGCCGUCGCUCCUCUCGAUUUCCACAGGAGUUCAACAUGCCGUACAGCGAGGAGAGCCGAGCUGGUGGCAAGAAGCAGUGAACGAUGAGGAUGAGAAGGAUGAGGCGGAGAGAUUGUGGGACAUGAUGCAUGGGCUUGGGCGAAGGAUGAGAGAGCUACAAAAGGUCAUUCGGAAAGAGGUCGUUAUGCUCGGUGGUCGCUGGGACAGGGUCAUUCUUGGGGGAAUCGGGCAUGGAGCGGGCAUGGCCCUGAUGACGCUGAUCAAUCUGGACGACACUUCUUCACCAGGCAUCUCGGAUGACGACAGACCUCAGCCCCUGGGCAGCUUCAUUGGGAUUUCAGCCGAACUACCAGCCUCGAUCCCAACACUCAUCUCGACGCCCCUCCUCACGCCCAACGAAGUCUCGCCCGAGGGACCCCAGGUGUUGAAGAAGACGCCCAUGCUGCUGCAGCACUUUCACAACGGCGGCACCAGUUAUAUGCAGAGGGGCAGGGCUCUGCGCGAGUACCUCCGACACAGCGCGGGCGUGGAGGUCGUUUGCUGGAAGGAGUACAUGAACGGGUGGCCGUAUCUGAACUCGCCGACGGGGGUGGAGGAUAUGAAGGCUUUUCUGAAGGAGAAGAUGGAUAUGAGGACAAACUGGUGA